AUGGAUACUUAUCCCUGGGAUUCCUAUAUCAAUGCGGUGGCACUCUACAAAUGGAUCAUGGAUAGUGCUGCAGAGAAGAGGAACAUUCUAAUCCCAGUUCUUAAACAGAAGGAAGAAACAAGAAUAUCUCCAGUGCACUCAACAAAUCGAGGAGAGAGAGUCCAAGAUGCGGAGAGGCCGGCGGCUCAUUUUGAAGCCGAUUCAAUCACCGAAGGAUCCCUAAAUUGGACCACCGGCGGAGACAACUCGUUCAGCCAAGGAGGUCUGGUGCUAACGGACAACAAGCUGUACAUUCAGCGCACUGGCCUGUACUUCCUAUACACUCAGGCCACCUUUGGAGGAGACCAUUGCCCACCAGAAAGAGAGAAUCUUCUUUCCCACAGUCUGAUUCUGCACUCCAAAGAGCAUGGGGAACCAAUGCAGCUGCUCGAUGCUCAGAAAACAGCUUGUGGGGAGCAACCAAGACCAACGUCUGCAAGCAGGCAACCUGGCGCUAAAUGGAGGAAAACUAUUUUCCAAGGAGCCGCCUUUAAGCUUAAUAAAGGGGAUUUCCUAUACACUGUGACCAAGGGAAGUGACUAUCUGAGGACGGAUAUGGGGGCCAACUACUUUGGGAUAUAUGCUUUGUAAUUCCGUAGCCUCUCCUUGUACCCAUCUCUUUGCCGUAGGUUAACCUAAAUAUUAAUUGAGAUGGCCAGAUCCAACCUUAUUAGUUCAAAUGCAAGCUGCAUAGAUGUAUAUUGACCCGCCCCUCUCUAGCAGUUGUGGAACUACACAUUCCAGCAUGCCCUGGCAGCCUUGUUUUAUAACAACUGCAGCAGCGCAGCCUACAUCUGAACUAACGGAAUGGCACGGAACCCUGCAGAGACUGGGCAUACAUUGAUAAACUUGUAACCAUAAUCCAUACUUUCCAACUGUCCUGAUUUUGGCGGGGUAGGUCAGGGUUCAGGGGACGGUGACAGUACAUAACUUGUAUUCCAGUCAGUGCAAGUGAGAGCCUUGUUCCUAGUGAAGACAUGUCUAAGGUAAGGACUGCGCCAUAGGAGCCAGCUCUGUGUAUUCCUGAGCACGCCCCAUUGUUUUCAAUAAUGUACAAUGGGUAACGUAAGCCCACCAGUCAUUUAACAUUUUUGCUCCCAUAGACAGCACUAGCGGUUGUCGCAACUAGGUGCCGCAACCUCUAAUGAGCAUUUCCUAGUGUAUAGCUUCCGUUUAUUCAUAUCCGGCAAUUAUCUGAUAAGGAAAGUACAGUAUAGACAGAGGCCACUGAGCAAACCCCACCUCACCCAAGAUGCCCUUAUAGAGGGCAGGGGAGGGGGUAGUCUUUCCCAAGCCAUGCACAGAUCAGACAAUGCAUACAGACCAUCGUUACUUCCAACCUUUCUACCUUCUCCCAUGUCUGUCCCUCACACCUGACCCUCCUCUGAUCCCUACAAUGUAUGCAGGAAAUCUUCUCUCAUGCUGGCAAUGUUCUAUUUCACUCUGAAUAAUAUUAUAUGAGCUUUUUGAAAUAUGAAUGUUUAAUUUCACAGAUCUGUCUAACUGUAACUUAUACUGUACCUAACCUCUAUGGGGGACAUUUACUAUGCAGUGAUAAGGGUGGAGAAGUGAGCCAGUGGAGAAUUGCCCAUGGCAACCAAUCAACACUGAAAUAACAUCUAUAAUUUGCAUACUACAAAAUUAUACAGAGCUGCUGGUUGGUGCAUGGGCAACUUCUCCACUGGCUCACUUCUCCGCUCUUAUCACUGCUUAGUAAAUGUCCCCCUAUUCACCUAUCAUGAACAGGUAAAGCGACCAUGGUUUGUGUAUCUGUUAGCAUUGGACGCACCCCUGAGCGUGUCUCAGUAAUACCCAUUUCAGAUCAGAAUCCCGGGACCGACUCGGUUUUGAACACAGGUCCAACCCAGAUGCGACCCGGCUCAGACCCCUUUCACACUGGUGGCUGGACCCCUGUUAUUCCCUGGUCCAGCCGUUCACACUGGAACUGGCUCUUCAGUGACCGGGUUCUAUAUGGCUUUACAGUGGGCACUUGGAGAUUAAGUAAUCUCCAAGCACAAGUGCAGGCAGCCAAUCCAGUGGUAUAUGGUACGACCCGGGUCUGACCAUUCAGACUGCACCAUGACCCAGGUCAGACCCUUGUCCAACCCUGGGUUAGAUUGCCGGGUUGACCCGGGUUAUUUUUCCUUCCACCUUUCAGACUGAGCCACAACCCAGAUUAUCAUGGCAGUCUGAGAGUGGUGUAAGAACACAAUUGUGCAAAAUCCAAUUGGUGUGGGUACACUUUGACACUAGAUAUUAUGCAGUGUAGAUAGAUAAAUAGAUAGAUUAUGGAUAUGUAGAUAGAUAGAUAGAUAGAUAGAUAGAUAGAUAGAUAGAUAGACAGACAGAUUAUGAAUAUGUAGAUAGAUAGAUAGAUAGAUAGAUAGAUAGAUAGAUAGAUAGACAGACAGACAGACAGACAGACAGAUUAUGGAUAGAUAGAUAGAUAGAUAGAUAGAUAGAUAGAUAGAUAGAUAGAUAGAUAGAUAAUGCAUUUAUGGAUAUGUAGAUAGAUAGAUAGAUAGAUAGAUAGAUAGAUAGAUAGAUAGAUAGACAGACAGAUUAUGAAUAUGUAGAUAGAUAGAUAGAUAGAUAGAUAGAUAGAUAGACAGACAGACAGACAGACAGACAGACAGAUUAUGGAUAUGUAGAUAGAUAGAUAGAUAGAUAGAUAGAUAGAUAGAUAGAUAGAUAGAUAGAUAGAUAAUGCAUUUAUGGAUAUGUAGAUAGAUAGAUAGAUAGAUAGAUAGAUAGAUAGAUAGAUAGAUAGAUUAUGCAUUUAUGAAUAGCCAAAAUCAUUUUUAACCAGUCUAGGGCAAAAUUAGACAAAAGCAAAUGUUAGUUGCUAUAGGAUACUACAGACAAUAUGCUAUUUCCAAUAUAUUGAACAAGCCUUAACAUGGAUAACAUAGUACAAACAAUUAAAUUGUAAUUCAAAUUAUAUUUUUAUAUAUUAUUUAUGAAUCGAAAAAAGUGACCAAUUAAUUUUUAAUAAACUAAUGUAAAUAAAAUCUACAUAUAUUUAUUUAGCCUGUACUUGUACAAAAAUCUCUUGUGUACACACUAUUUUAUGGAUGGGAUGCACUAAACCCAGUUGAAUGUUUCAUAUAUUUCUCUUUAAUGCUGUUUACUUUGGAAAUGUCCAGAUAAAUCUUUAUUUAUAUAAAUAUUUAAAGUAUAAGUUAUCUUGUAAUGUAAUGUUGUCUUGGUCGCUAUAGAAACAAGCAAGAUCCAAUAUAAAGUAUUUAUAGUAUAUUUAUAUACUUCAGUUUUUUUCAUGGAAAUUGUUCUUGGAAUCCAAGUUAGUUGAGACUUUAGUGAUCUGGUUGAAUGUGAGAACUAAGAAAUAAAUUGUGAUGUUUUACCUCCUUUUA